AUAUAUAUGUAUAUAUAUAUAUACAGGUUUAUAUGUAUACAUAUAAUACAUAAAGUGGAAAAGACAAGCGCCAAAAGUUGUUUGUUUUCCCAUUUGUGGCACGCGCAGUGAACCGUAGUCCGAACCGAAAAGAACGUGCAGCAAAUCGUGCGUAAGAAAAUACUUUCGAACAAAUGGAUUUCCUAUCGAAUCUCAUAAAGCGACCCAACAGCAUUGUGCUGCCAGAGGAAGCGUCCGCAGCCGUCCCCGCGCCCGAGCCCAGUUGCAAUUCCAGUGCCCCAACAGCUGUGCCCAGCUCCAGUCACUCUUCAUCCAGCCCCACCGCGUUCAUCACAUUAGCCAUGGAUCGCUGUUCCAUUGACCCGGAACUGGACAAUCUGUUUGAUUCAGCUGCCCAGGAUUUGGAUAGCCUGGAGCGGCAGCACAAAGAUUUGAUCGAGCAUGUGGAUGCGCCAGUGCCAUCUCCAGACGCCGUGCCCAAGUCACCGAACAGCACUAGGGAAACCAUCAAACAGCUACUCAGUGAGAUUAAUUUCAAUCUGGAUCAAGUAACCGCACGUGAAAUGGAACAUUUACAGGCAAUGAGCCUAGAGCUAAGUCCGCUGGCUGUAAAGCCAGGUCCGGCCAGACACAGCUUGGAGCAGCAGAAGGCGCUGGUCGCGGCAAUGCGUUCCACAUCGCAGCCGAGCACGCCCCGGGAUAAGGAGCAGCCGUUGCUUAAAUUCACAGGUCUGCCCGAGUUCGAUGAGACCCAAAUACCAGAACUGGCGCCGCUCAGCGCCGAAAUGGAAGCUCAACUGAAGGCGGAUGCAUGUGCUGGCGUGCUCAGCUCGACGACGCUUAAGCUGAGCGAGCACGAAUACAACUCCGAUUCGGAUGUUUAUGCCGAGUGCCUUUCCCUGAACAGCGGCAAGCUCUCGGCGGACCAGUCCGAGCUGGAGGCCUACUCGAGCGCCUUAAAUGAGGUGUUGGAGCAGCAGCUGUCCAAUGAGACGGCAACAACGCUCGAGAAUACGCUGAGCGAUGCGGCUCACAACGACAGCUGCGAGCCAAUGGAUGUCGAUGAUAUAAAUGAGACAAUGGAAUUGCUAAAGGAUGUGCUCGCACCGGAGGAUCGUCAGCUGCUGCAGCAGCAGUUGCUGGACGGUGCAAUGCAGCAGCAAGAGGAGGCUCAGCAGCAGACACAGCAAAGGGAGAUGCAGAAAGUGGAGGAACAACAGGAGCAAUCCGUUCAAAAGGAGCAGUCCAUGCAACAGGAGCAAUCCUCAAAGCUGAAACAGUCCAUGCAAAAGGAGCAGUCCAUGCCGCAGGUGCAAGUCACGGUGCAAGCUACUGCUCCAAUAUCUCCACAGAUGAUCCAAAUUGUGGACCUACCGCUGGAGCCACUACUGCCCACAGCUUCAGAUCCAGACUCUACGCCGUUGCCCAAAAUUGAGGAUCAUCUAACGCCGAAUGCUCCGGCUGCGCUCUCACCACCAUUGCCCACACACCAGAAGAAGCAAGAUGUGCGCCAACCACUGGAGCAACCAGUUCCAGACUCUGCAGUUUCUGCCCCACUCUCCCCACCUGAUCCCACAUUACAGAUGCCCCAAGAAGUUGCAGUCUCUAUUACAUUGCCCACACUGCAGACGCCACAAUCUGUAGGGCAACUGCUGGAGCCGCUCAUACCACAAUCCGAUGCAGCUCCAAUAUCUCCCAUAUUGCAGGCACCGCCAGUUGAGCUGCUGCCCACAUCGCCGCCCAUACCCACACAUCGCAUGAAGACACCCGAGGAGUUGGUGGAGCUGUUGGCCUUGCAGGCCUACGCCCAGCCACCUGAAGAGCCACAGCAGCAGGCAGACGUCAUAGCGAGUGGAGCCAGGCAGGUCGAGGAAUUGCAAGCGUCCCCGCCGAAGCCCGUGGCAACUGUGGCGCCCAUAUCUAAGCAGCCAAACCAGUUCACAGCACUGGGACUGAAUAUAAGUGAUUCCUCUCAAGGUGACUGCUCUGGGCCGACAUCACCCAGUUUCCCUAUAAGAUCACCUGCGGAUUCACCGAGGCACUUUCCACGCUCACCGCAUGCGCCGGCCGAGCAGGAGGAGAUGCAAUAUCUGGAGCAGGCAACCAUUGAGCCCGCCAACGAGCCUAAACUGUGCCUGAGCGGAGUCAUAGCCAGGUCGCCGCUACCCAUACAAUUGACCGUGACGGGUGCCAGCCCAGAGGAGCCGCAGCAGCAGAGGGAACAUCAGCUAAACACAACUGUGCCCCUCGCUGGCAAUUCCCCACUCAACGGCACCUUUGAAAGCGCCAGUCCAGAGUCGAUUGAGACAGCUGUACGCCCGUCGCGCGCCACCUUUGGCGUGCCGCUGGGUGCAGCCAACGGACAACAAAGACGCACCUUCUCGGUGAGCACGGAUCGAGCAGAGGAACAGGCGGCCAAGCGGCUUAGCGAUUCCCAAGCGUAUGCUCGUCGCCAGGACGAAAAUCAAUUGAAUGCCACCUAUGGCACACCACUGCAAGAAGCUCAGGAGGGGCAGCAGCGGCGCACCUUUUCCGUAGAGGAUCUGCACAAGGAGGAGGAGCAACAGCGCGGAUUGGGACAAACUCAAAUGCGACGCACUUUUUGCAUGGUGCAGGACGCAUCGCCGGCACUGGAGGCUACCGAGGAGAAUAUCAUGGCUGAUAAUUUGGAGCCCAUGGAUGUGGAUCAGUCGAUGCAGUGCGUCGACAAGGUGUCGACAGCACAGCUGGGCGAGGCUCAAGCAGUUUCACUGCCGCCCACAGAACAGCAAGAGCACCAGCCGCAGCUGGAACAGCGAUCUUCGCCGCCGCUUCCCGCCCAACUCAAGCGUCCGUCUAUCCACGCAGAUGUGCCGGCUAAUGUCACCGUUAUGCUCGAGGAGCAGAAGCUGUCUGUUAAGGAGCAGCUCAGUGGCAGCGAUGAAAAGGAGGAUGUCUAUGUGGAACACUUCGGCGCCAUGUCGCCCAUUUCCGAUGACAUCUUCAAGCAGCCACAGUCCAUCGGCAGCUUUGCCAGCUUGGCCAGGGGCAAGAAAGCCAGCGUAACCGAUGAACAAUUUCAUGAUGCAGAGUUCCAGGACGGAGCCAGCAACAACAACAUUAUACUCAAUUCAUCAGAUUUUGACUAUUUGUACACAAAAGGCAGCAACAAUGCGCCCAUCGAUCGGAGCUCAUUACUAUUGAAAUUUGAUCCGCUUCUGGGUGCUCCGGUGCCAGUGAAUCAGUCGCAGCAGCAUCAGCAGCAGCAGGAGCAGGCGCUCCUCAACAUACUCAGCACCAACAACAACAACAAUUUAACACGUGCAUUGAGUCCCACAUUGGAGGAGCACGAGACCAGCGGCAGCAAUCAGUCGCUUACAUUCGAACCCUGUGCCAAAGGAGCAGCAGCUGCAGCUCAAAAGGAGUUUAAACCGCCAGUGGAUAGAACAAGAAAGCAUGCAAAAAUGAGUGUGGAUGUUAUAGAUAACGAUUGCAACAAAACCUUCGAUAAUUCAAACCUGAACUCGGAGGAUAAAACACACAAAUACAACAACAUGGAUGAACUGGAGAAAAAAAUCAAAAAUGAAGUCACCCGCUCCGAGGACAUUGAAAAGAAACUUAAAGAUGCCGAACAACGCGAAGAGGCGCUGGUCAAACGGAUUACAGAAAAGGACAAAACAAACGCGAAACUCAACGGCGUCAUUGAGGCCUACGAGAAAGCCAUUGCAGAGCUCAUCCAUGAUAAGGAGCAGCUGGUACAAAACCAUGAAAGGCAAAUGCAGGAAGUUCAAACAGAUCGUGAUUCGAAUUAUCAUCACUUAACGUCGCUGGAAACCACAUUCUCCGAUCUCCAUGUCAAAUAUGAAAAGAGCAAGGAGAUGACCUCACAGCUAAAGCAGAUCGAGGAGAAUCUGCUGGAGGAAAAGAAAAAAUUAAUGGACAAAUUGCGACAGCAAGAGCAGCGAUAUGAGCAAAUGAAAAGCCAUGCCAUGCAGCAAAUGGAAAUUGCCAACAAAAAGUUGGCCACCCUUACAAAAGAGCACACGGAUGAGGUGAAAAAAUUGAAAGCUUUACUCAAAAAGGAGGAAGUCUCGCGCAUCUCGACGGCUGAGCAGCUGCAACAAAAGUCACGGGAGAAUGCGGAUCUGCUCAAGAUAUGCGAGGAGCUAAUCUAUGAUAAGGGACAAGGUGGUAGUAGUUAAACUUCAACCCGAGUGGAUUAUUUUUGCGGCCUGAAUGUAUUUUCUAUAUAUAUUUUACGCUGUAAACGCGCACACACACAUACUCUCACUCACACUCAAACUCAACAUCCACACAAAGACACACAUUAUGGCAUGUGGAACGCAUGUUUGUCGCAUGUUCAUUCACUCAAUCGCGUACUAUCUCAUUACAUUUUGUAAUUUUUGUUGUGUGCUCUAAUGAAUUGUUUGAGAACCUCAUAUUAAAUCUCAAUUCUUAAGCUGUCGUCUUGUUAAAUGAAGGACUUCGCGCCCAACACUAUGCCUAACUAUCCAUAUAUAUGUAUUGUACUAUUUCUAGAUUUUUAGUUAACACAAAACAACAACAACAACACCAACAUGCCGAGCUGCAAAUGAGUUCCACACACACGUUGAGAUCCACACACUCGCCUUACUGGGUCCUCCUCCCCUCCUCAAAAUGUUACUUAUUUCUGUCGAAUCUGCCUUUUGUUUAAGUUCAAUGAUAUUAAUAAUGCGUUAUAUUUGUCUGAAAAUUCAAUCCAAUUUUCAUGCCAAAUACCAGUUGAUAAUUUUCCCCACACAUAAACACACACACACAAACACACACAUUGAAUUGUUUGUUGUGUUUGAUUAACAGCUGAAAUUAAUAAGGAAACCCUCAGCAAAAAAAAAAACAAAAAAUAAGAAACAAAAGAAAUCAGCGCACGCUUGAGGCGC